CAUCUUCACAACGCGCAGGUGCAACCCCAAGGAAAAAGGCUGGGCUUUGACAUCAAUAGUCACUUAAUUAAUCCUAUGAAAGCUAUUCGAAGCCGUGUAUUCUAGUUCCAACCCAAAUCCAAAACACAGCGCGAAUCGAGGAGGAAGAGGAGAAGAAAACCGAGCAUUCGCAGAUUCGCGCACUGAGGGCAGAGAUGCUUCAGUGUAUAUUUCUCCUCUCCGAUUCCGGAGAGGUAAUGCUGGAGAAGCAGCUUACGGGUCACCGUGUAGAUCGAUCCAUAUGUGCUUACUUCUGGGAUCAAUCUAUUUCUCAAGGCGAUUCCUUUAAGUUACUUCCAGUGAUUGCUUCACCAACACAUUACCUUUUCCAAAUCGUUCGCGACGGCAUCACUUUCUUAGCUUGCAGUCAAGUUGAAAUGCCACCGUUAAUGGCAAUCGAGUUUCUUUGCAGAGUAGCUGAUGUUCUGUCUGAUUAUCUUGGUGGGCUAAACGAAGAUCUCGUUAAGGAUAAUUUCAUCAUUGUCUAUGAGCUUUUGGAUGAGAUGAUCGAUAAUGGUUUCCCUCUCACAACAGAACCAAGCAUCCUUAGAGAAAUGAUAGCUCCACCAAAUCUAGUCAGCAAAAUGUUAAGUGUUGUAACCGGAAACGCUUCAAACGUCAGUGACACGCUUCCUAGUGGAACCGGCUCUUGUGUUCCAUGGCGACCCACAGAUCCAAAGUACUCUAGCAACGAAGUCUAUGUUGACCUCGUUGAAGAAAUGGAUGCAAUCGUAAACAGGGAUGGAGAAUUGGUGAAAUGUGAGAUUUAUGGCGAAGUUCAAAUGAGUUCUCAGCUCACUGGUUUUCCGGAUUUGACAUUGUCGUUUGCGAAUCCGUCGGUGUUAGAAGACGUGAGGUUUCACGCGGUGAAGAAGCUUAAGAACACACCUUUAUACGUAAAGCCUCAAAUAACAUCAGACUCCGGUACAUGUCGAAUCAGCGUGCUUGUGGGGAUAAGAACCGACCCCGGAAAGACGAUUGAGUCGAUAACAUUGAGUUUCCAGCUUCCUCAUUGUGUUUCAUCCGCAGAUCUUUCAUCAAAUCAUGGAACUGUAACCAUCCUCUCUAACAAGACAUGUUCAUGGACAAUCGGGCGAAUCCCAAAGGACAAGACUCCGUGUUUGUCGGGGACACUAGCGCUUGGAACCGGUUUAGAACGGCUUCACGUGUUUCCGACAUUCAAACUCGGGUUUAAGAUAAUGGGCAUUGCUCUCUCUGGGUUAAGAAUCGAGAAACUUGAUCUUCAAACUCUGCCUCCUCGUUUGUAUAAAGGGUUUCGUGCUCAGACACGCGCCGGAGAGUUUGAUGUCAGAUUGUAGUUUUCUGGUAUGGUUGCUUUUUCGGUCAAACUCGAGUCUUUUGUGCCAAAUUGUUUUUUCUUUCUUUAUAAAAGAAAAAACCAUACAUCGAAUGAUUUUUGUGAUUAAUUUACGACAUUUACGGUUCAGAUAGGCUUGCUGUAUGUAAGUAGCUUAAUCCAUAGAUAGAGAGCAUUCUGCAUUUGCCUCCC